AUGGCACUCACAAUCGAAGAAUCAAACUUGAUAUAUCAACCACCAAAUAUUAUUCAACAAAUAUCGCAAGCAGUUGAUCAUAUCGGAGUGUCAACGUCACAAACAUGUGCACAAUUUAUAGGAGCAGUGGAAGAAGUGAUGCCACUCUUGGAUAAAGAUGGUCAAAAAUUAGUAAACGAAAUACACGGUGAUUAUCUAGAGCUUCUCAUGACCGCACAGGAGUUUCUAUCAAGUACAUUACUACUUGUUCCACGUGCAGUGAAAGAUAAAAAUCUGUAUGUACUUCUGAGUGGUACUCUACUCGUUGUUGAAUGCAUUGGCCUUGCUGGUGCUCGGAUGAUACCAGCUGUGUUGCUGACGCUGAUAGGCUUGAUUGGUGUUUCAAAAAUCGGUGAAAUAUCAGCAAUCACUAUUGCAUCUGCACUUGAAAGAAAACAAGAGGUGUACGACAAAGCAAUGAAAUGUUUAGAACAAAUACAAGUGCAGUUAAUAAAAUUGUCUAAAGAUUAUUCACAGAUGAAAGGCAUUGGUAAAGCUUUGUCCCACGAUGAUAAUUCAGUAAAAAAAUUUAUGGAUGUAUUAAAGAAGACACAACUAGAAGUUGAUAAAGGAUUUGAAAUGUUGCAGGAAUUUUAA